AUGAACGAUCUGUUCUCUGCCGGCAUGGAAACCUCGCGCACCACUGUUGUAUGGCUGCUGGUUAUAAUGUUGCGGGAGCCGAGAGUAGCCCAAAAGGUCAUGGAAGAGCUGUCGCACCUUGUACCAGUUGGUACAAUAGUAACAAUGGCACACAGGCCUAAGUUGCCGUACAUCGAGGCGGCUAAUGUCAGGCGGGCGCAGCGGCUGCGGGCUACGCCGUUGCAUAACUGGCUCGCUCUAAUCAUACGCGCGUUGCACAGGAAAUGCAAGUUGCGUUCAACACGCGAGCCGAACGCGAAACGCAUAGAAUUAGAGCGAUUUUUGCGGCAG